AGGUUCCUCACAGUUUUUAUCUGCUAGACUGUCCUCAGAGGAUAUGAUGAACAGAACUAGCGGAAUUGGAAAUGCUUCCUUCAGUGAUGAUGAAGACACAACUCAGAUCUCCGGUUCAGUGCCUGCCGGUAGAGGUCGAAGAGGUUCAUCCACUGCUAAGACGUCUCGUGGGUCUUCAGAUCGUGGUAGAGCUAAAGCCUCAACAAGGGGGAGAGGUCGUGGUAGGGGUUCAAGUGCCAUGAAGCAAACCACUCUUGAUGGCGCUCUAGGUUUUCGCCAGUCUCAAAGAUCUGCAGCAGCAACAGCCACAGCCACCUUCAAAGGUUUUGCUUCUACUGAAGAUGAUAAUGUUGAUUCACCUUCAAGCGAAGAAGCAGAACCCGAGGGUAUUAACACAAUUGACAGCAGUUCGGACGAGGAUAACACCGGUAGAGGCAGGGGACGUAAAAGACAAGCUACAAAGAGUGGCAGAGGUAGUAGAAGUUCUACAACUUCAAAACGAGGGAGGAAGUCAGAAAGUUCUUCGCUUCAGAGGCUACUCAGUAGCAGGGACGAUGAUGACGACGAGGACGACAAAGAUAUAGAGAAGAAACUGAACAGAUCUCAACCUCGGGUUACUAAGAAUUACGGAGCUCUGAGGAGGUAAAAUACGCGUUGGAAAUGAGCGAUUGUGGCUCCCAGUUUUGUUUUGUUUAAACUUAUACGACCAGGGACCUCUGUCAAGGACAAAAAAAGGUUUUCUUUUAUAGGAUGUAAGUAAAUAUGGAAGAUUGCAACAACUGUGGGGCGUCUUGUUUGCUUCGCUUGCUUUACAAGGAAUCUCCGAAUAUUUUUGUUUUGCGUAUCAUUCAUUUCAACGAUGCCGUGCAAUUCUUUGGUGCACAAAGUAUUAAUGGGCAAAAUCCGAAGCUGCUUUC